AUGGAAGACUUUGAGGUCAAGCUAGUAGAGAUGCGAGAAAAGUGCGUCGAGAACGAGCAAGCGGUCGCUAACGCUACGCGGGAAAAGGCGAAAGUGCGUGCGGGCGGGAAGCCGCAUCUUGCUGCUGGCGGUGCGGAUACGGUGGAUGAUAUUUUGGCCGGGAUUGGGCAGAUGUCGUUGCGCACUGGAAAGCAGGCAGAGGAACAGGAGCAUGCGGAGGAUGAAGCUGAAAUGCAGAAUGAGGAAGAAGAGGACGACGAUGAGAUUGUAGCACCAACGAAACCACGUCGUGGGAAGCCAGCAACGAGCAUAGUUUCUCGCAAGCGGGUGCAAGCUGUUGAAGAGAGCGAAGAUGAUGACGAUGAUGAGGAAGCAGACCAGGAAGUGGACAUUGAAGACGACGAAGAUGAAGAAGAGGAGGAGGAGGACUUCCCCACACGGCGAGCCGCUGCUCCGCAAUCCAAGCGGACAGUGCAAUACACGUCACAGCAAUCUCGCAAACGUGGGGGCCGGGCGGCCGUUGCUGAAGACAGCGAAGAAGAAGAGGAAGACGACGAGGCGUCAGAUGGUUUGGUGUCUGAGUCGGAGACGGCUACGGAUGAGGAGGCGGACAGUGAUGCUGAGGGAGAUUAUGAGACGGUUGUUCCGGAUAAGGCCGCGAGUCGCGCACGUCAGGGGGCUAGGUGA